GCCGAGCUAGCGCUGUUGCUCCUGCUGCUGCCGCCGGCUGGCAAUUGUUCCAGGAGUCUCGGCGGCCGCUAGAAAGAGCAGCCAGCCAGCCGACGGGCAGAGAGAAGGCGGCCACCAUGAGCAGCCAGAAGUGCGAUGUGGUCGUGAUCGGGGCAGGCAUCUCAGGUCUGUCAGCAGCCAAGUUGCUGUUUGACUCGGGAUUGAGUGUUGUGGUCCUGGAAGCCCGUGACAGGGUUGGAGGCAGAACAUUCACGGUCAGAAAUAAGCAUGUCAAAUAUGUGGACCUAGGAGGGGCAUAUGUGGGGCCAACACAAAACCGUGUCUUGCGACUAUCUAAGGAGCUGGGACUAGAGACCUAUAAAGUGAAUGAAGUAGAACAUCUCAUUCACCAUGUCAAGGGCAAAUCUUAUCCAUUCAAAGGCCCUUUCCCUCCAAUGUGGAAUCCCAUUGCCUAUUUGGAUUACAACAAUUUGUGGAGGACAAUGGAUGAAAUGGGGAAGGAGAUUCCCAAUGAAGCGCCAUGGAAGGCGCCCCAUGCAGAGGAAUGGGACAAAAUGACUAUGCAAGAAUUGAUAGACAAAGUGUGCUGGACAAAUGCUGCCAGGCGGUUUGCUACUCUGUUUGUCAAUGUCGAUGUUACCUCUGAGCCCCAUGAGGUCUCCGCUCUGUGGUUCCUGUGGUAUGUUAAACAGUGCGGUGGGACAUCCAGGAUAUUUUCAACAACCAAUGGAGGCCAGGAGAGGAAAUUCGUUGGAGGUUCUGGCCAAAUUUGUGAGAAGAUCAUGGAAUAUCUAGGAGAGCUGGUUAAACUAGAGAAGCCUGUUACCUCCAUUGAUCAGACUGGUGAAAGUGUCAUUGUGGAGACACUGGAUCAUGAAAAAUACGAGGCCCGGUAUGUUAUUAGUGCCAUCCCUCCAGCACUUUGUAUGAAGAUUCACUUUAACCCACAGUUGCCUUCAAUGAGGAAUCAGUUGAUCAGCCGGGUUCCUAUGGGAUCAGUCAUCAAAUGCAUAGUAUACUACAAGGAAGCAUUCUGGAGGGAAAAAGAUUAUUGUGGCACCAUGAUAAUUGAAGAUGAGGAUGCAGCUAUUGGUUUGACACUAGAUGACACUAAACCUGAUGGAAGUUUUCCAGCAAUAAUUGGUUUUAUCCUUGCUCGGAAAUGCAGAAAAUUGACUCACCUCACCGCGGAGGAAAGGAAAAGAAGGAUCUGUGAGCUCUAUGCAAAGGUGUUGGGGUCACAGGAAGCCUUGCAUCCAGUGCACUAUGAAGAGAAGAACUGGUGUGAAGAACAGUAUUCUGGGGGGUGCUAUACAGCCUAUUUCCCACCAGGGAUAAUGACUCAAUUUGGAAGGGUAAUUCGUGAGCCAGUUGGGAGAAUCUUCUUUGCAGGCACCGAGACGGCUUCAGAAUGGAGCGGCUACAUGGAAGGUGCAGUGCAGGCUGGAGAGAGAGCAGUCAGAGAGAUAUUGCACUCAAUGGGGAAGAUUUCUGAAGCAGAAAUUUGGAAGUCAGAACCAGAAUCACUCGAUGUCCCAGCCCUGCCAAUCACUACCACCUUUUGGGAAAGGAACUUGCCUUCUGUACCUGGACUCCUCAAGUUGUUUGGCUUCUGUGCUCUCUUGACAUCAGCGACUGCAGUUGGGCUCUGCACAUUUAAAAGGGGACUUCUGGUGAAAAACUGAAAAUCGAUCUGUGAAUCUAAUAAGAAUUGGCAGAUUUGUGUGCAUUUGCACGAUCAUUUUACUCUUGCCAGGUAGUGAUUAAUGCAAUUCUCAAUUAUCCCAUGUAUUUCUCCUAUGAAACCUUAUACUGUAUUGCA